AUGAAUUUACGACGUCAUGAAACACAUAAGACCCGGAUGUUCUGCAGCUAUAUUAAGAUUCACCAGGAAAAAUUGUCGUUUUGUAAGAAGAACAGAACAUCCGACUAUUGUCAUCAAUGUCCUAUAGGAAGUUUCCAGGCAUUUUCCGUGGACUCGAGGACAGUAAGGGACAGUCAGGAAAUACUUAAAUGUCGGCGUCUACAUAUUGACUGUCCGCCAGAAGCUGUACCAACUCUUGAAGAUGGAAUCGAUUGUAAAUGUGAUACGUCGCGUGGAUAUGUCGGAAAGGACCCCAUGCUUUGUCUGAAAUACCCCAAAUGCCCACCCGGAAAAGGGUUUGAUAUUGAAAAUGGCACAUGUAGUGUUUGUCCCGUCGGAACGUUUAAUCCUGAGCGAAGCUACCUCUCCUGUAAAUCUCACACCAAUUGUACACAGAACAACACGGAAACUGUGUUGUUUGGGAACGCCACAAUGGACACAGUAUGUGGAAAGCGAUCAACCAUAACCUCAACUGUGACAACCACGGACAUUGUGCCGCAGGCUGUUGUAGCUCAUAAAGAAAAUGGUUGGCAAACAAAUAUCAAAGAAUCAGAAGGAACUGAAGACAUUCAAUUGAAAAAUCCACUGGGAAAAGAUUCGAUUGACGUUGAGAGAUACAAAAACAGUGAGCUGAUAAUCGUUAUUGUGGUCAUGAGCAUUGUAAUCAUCACAUUAACUUUAUUGCUGAGUGUGGUUAUCCGGAAAAGGCGGAAAGAAACGCCCACCAAUGAUAAAUCGGUAUCAGCGAUGAAGGUUUAUGACGAAAAGUUGCUAAAUAGGGGCGACGAUAAACCAGAUCACGCAAAAAUCAGUCUGACUGGAGAUGAAGAACCAGGAACACUGACCGUCUACCCGGGGAUAAAUAAGGUCCCCUUAGAACCAUCUGCUCCAUCUUUGACGCCGUCGAUUGAUAUAUAACAGCAGUACAUUCUGACAAACGUACAGACUGAUGAAAGAGCCAUGCCAAUAUAAUGACUUGACACAAAGGUUCCAGUCCUUUUCCAUCACUGGCUAUUAUGGCAAACAAACCAUUGCCAUAGCACGAUUUCCGUCAUCUAUUGUCUGGAUAUUUAUACAUAAUCAACUACUUACCAAUAGCAAAUAACUCACAUUUUGUGGCCCGUAGAAUCAUGGAUUCUAGGAUUUCCAAGUUCAGUUCAACGAAGAAUCGUUUCCAGUCCACGAUGGUCUAAUGAUUGUAAACUCAAAUUCAAGUGAGCUUAAUUCACUAAAUAUAUAGCUCAUCAAAUCCACGAUUUCCUAGAUUAAGACUUGUUCACGAUGAUUUUUAUCAUUCAUGAUAUUUUUGAUUUAGGAAAUGUCACAAAAAUGAUAAUAAGGCCCUACAAUAAACCGCUGUACACGAUAACGCGACUCGAUCACAUCACAAAAGUCGCAACACUGCGUAGCAUGUAGCAAAUAUUCAGAAAGUUUUCAUUUGUCCCAUUUCCGAAGACUGACACUAAAUACGAAACCGUCUCCGGAAAUGACUAUCUCGAAAGACAGUUGUUGUAGUAGAUUUUAAUUUCAACAAAUUUUAUUGACAAGAUGUAAACGUCAAAUUGGAUUGAAUAACAAACAAGACCUAUGUAAAUUCUCUUCAAACAUUGAAGUGGCUAGAAGUAGAACACAUGUAAUUAGAACUGAAAAACAACAAAUGCAAGGGAGGUAACACUUACAACAGUAAAGGGAGGUAAUACAUAGUAUUUAAUUUUCAUCCUACUUUCGCUCAUACACACAUACUGUAGGUAUACUAAAUAUUUUUUAGGUAUAAUAAAUAGAAAUUAGUACAUAUAUUUAAGAAAUAUGUUAUUGACAGUUUGACCAAAUGUCCAUGUGCAUGAAAAUGUAUGGUGACAUCUGUCAUCAAUUAGUUGAUUGAAAGGAUUUAUAUGUACUGUGCUUAUAUAUGUAUACCAACUAUUGAUAAAUUAAUAUUAGCAGAAUUAUUCUUUUGUACAAGAAAUAUCAUUAUACAUUAUUCAUCAGCAGACAUGCUCAAUUAAUAUUUUACACAGUUGUUUUUAAAAGUAAUUGAUAAUAUAUUAUCUAACAUGUUGACUUAAGCAUACAUCUUGGCGUUCUAAAUUGUAUAAAAGAUAAAACGACGCGACUUACCAAUAAAAGUAUGAACAGCCUCAAGUAUUAUUUUAUUUGUAGGCUCAUCACAAGCUGGACAGCC